CGGCUGCGGUGACUUCGGCCCUUGUCGCCCGGCUCUGCGCCAUCCCAGUGCUCCAGUGACCCAAACGAAAAGGCUGCCCGACUUGUCUCAUUCGAAACAGAAAAGAUGCCCUAGGCUUCCCAGCUGCACGAAAAGCCCAGUUCUUUAGCCUUAAUCCUUAGCAUUUGACACAUUCAUCAGUCUUUACUUUAAAAUGUGCUUCUGUGCUUUGCCUAGUGCAGAAGCUAGAAGAGGGUGUCGGAUCCUUCUGGAACUCAAGUUACAACCGGUUGUGAGCCCCCGUGUGGGUGCUGGGAAUUAAACCCGAGUCUUCCUCUAGAGCAGCAAAUACUCCUAACCCCUGAGCCGUCUCCCCAGUCCCUUGAUGAGCUCUUAUUUUAACAUUUUAUUCUAUUAAGUAUAAAUGUUGCCUACAUGUGUGUACCGCUUGAGAGCCUGGUGACCAGAAGAGGGUGAUGAAUCCCCUGGAACUGGAGUUACAAUAAGUGUGAGCUCUCCAAAGUGGGUGCUGGGAGUCGAACCUGGGUCUUGUGUAAGAGCAGCCGCCUUUCUUAACUGCUGAUCCAUCUCUCUAGCCCACACAUCUGUGUGUGUGUGUGUGUGUGUGUGUGUGUCUAAGAGAGUGAACGUUUAGAAGUCAGAGCAGCUUUGGGGAAGAUUCUGUCCUGCUAGAUGGGUUUCUGGGGACUGAUCUGUGCCUUGACCCACAGAGCCACCACGACCACAUGGUCGUUUCCGCCAUCUCCCAGGCAUCAUCUGCUUGUCCUGAACCUCAGUGUACUUGGAUGGUUCCAGACCUUCUCCAGAUGCCUUAAAUGCCGUAUCAUGCCUGGAACUCUACUUACUGCCCGCUAUCAUCUCUCUGGGCAAAUGUCAUCUGAGGAAAACGGCACUUUUCAAGAAACAUGUCCAUACUGCUUCCAGUUGUUGGUUCUGGAUAACUCUAGAGUGCGCCUCAAACCCAAGGCCAAACUGACACCCAAGAUACAAAAACUCCUUAAUCGAGAAGCAAGAAAUCAUACUCUCAGUUUUAAAGAAGCAAAGCUGUUGAGAAAGUACAAAGACUCCGCCAGUGUGCUGCUGGUUACCUGUAGAACAUGCAACAGAACAGUGAAACACCAUGGCAAGAGUAGAAGCUUCCUGUCAGCCCUGAAGAACAACGCUGCCCCUGCCACCAACAAAGCCAACCUGAAAACACCGAAGAGAAAGACUCCAGGCUCCACACACUCAGCUCAUAAUGUGUCGGGUUCCAAAGGCAAGAGCCCCUCCUUGACCAUCAGAACACCGGUAUCUGGACAGUCAACACCCAUUUGCUCCUCAAGGAACGGGAGCAAAAGAAAGAAACACUUCUCUCAACUAAAAGCGCUGCUUAGUCAGAGUGCAUCUGAGAAGAGCCCAAAGCUGGACUUCAGGCACUUCCUAUCUUCUCUGUGAAGAAACCAGCCUGUGAAAGGGCUGCCUAGUGCACUUUCUGAGACUCAAGUUAGUUAACAGCUUUUGCCUUCACUUGGGUAUCUGAGCACAGGGAGACUAGAUCCAAAAACAAACUCUUCUGGGCAUCUUUCAGGGCUUAUGCAGAAAAUGCCUCAUUAAAUCGAGUGACUGGGCUUCCCUGUAUGAAUGUGAAGAUGAAAAACAAACGACCAGAUUGGAGAGAUGGCUCAAGGGUAAAGUCACUGUCACAUGCCUGACAACUACAUUCAAUCUCCAGGACCCACAGGGCAGGGAGAACCCACUCUACACGGAGUUUUCUGGCCUCCACAUGAGUGCCCCCCCCCACACAUACUCACACACAUACUCACACAUGUAAAUGUAAUGAAGGCAUUAAAAACUGUGACAGUUCUUACAAUAAGGGUAUAGUGGAUAUUGAAUGGUAGCAUUUACUUCCGUUUUUACAGUUUUUAUUGCCAUUUAUUUCAGAAAGAAAUAAAGAUCUUCACUCAUGAA